AUGACACCGAACCCUGCCGCGCCGUCUGCUCGGCGUUCUUCCCAUUCCAACAACUCAUCGCGUGGGGGUGGAGGACACUCUGCCCGUGGCGCCUGGCAUGGUGGCCACGGCGGCGCCUCCCAAGCGGGCCGCGCUGGAGGGGGUCGUGGCGGUGCGCGACACGGCUGGGGAGGUCAUGCAUCGCGAUCGAACUCCACGAACGGCCGCCCUGCCACUUCGACGCAUUCCUCUAAAGGCAUGCGCGACCGCAUCGAGUGUUGGUAUGCUAUGCUAGUAGGCCAGAUGAUAGUGGUGAGCCUGCAAAAUGGUGAGCGCCAUGUCGGUGUUGUCUCGGCUGCUACGAUGGAGCGUGAUGAUCUGGGCCUGGUGCUGAUGAUGGCCCAAUCUAUGGCGAUCACAGAAGAUGGCGCGAUUCAAUGGGGUCGCGUGGUCCCUUCGCUGGUCGUGCCAGGCGCCGAUUUGCUCGAAGUGGAUGCGAGCACAGUGAAGCAGAGCUCUCCGGCUGAAGUACAGGCCGCUCAGCGCCGCGCGUCUGGGUUCCGGACUGAUACGGAAAUUAGCUCGUCUGCCUCGGCAUCAUCGGAUGGUCGCGCGCUGCAGCGUUGGGAUGACGGUGGGGCGCCGGAGACGGCAUCCCUGGAGCAGUCGACCGACUCGGGCCCAUGGGAUCAAUUUGCUGCGAACGAAGCGCGCUUUGGUGUCAAGUCGGACUAUGAAGAGACCAUGUACACGACCAAGCUGGAUCGUUCCGGCAAGGACUUUAAAUCGCGCGAAAAAGAAGCGGAACGACUCGCCAAAGAAAUUCUGGAGAGCUCCACCGGCAACGUCCAUGUGGCCGAGGAGCGCAACCAGCUCGGCCAAAAGGACAUGGACGAGGAGGACCGAUUUGGUGCUGUCGUGCGGGAAGAGCGUGCGCCAGCGCCGCCUCCGCCCAAGCCUAGCAAAGCCCUUACGGCGGAUUUCCGGCAGUUUGUGUCGGCGGAGCGCGAGCGUCUCGUCGUGCGCAAAGCCGAGUUGGCCAAAAAAGAAAAGCAGAGUCGCCUGGCCGACCUCAAGAUAUGGGCGCAAAACUUCCAGCUCAAGACUCCCGUGCCUGAGGAUGUGGCCAAUAUGAGGCGCGUCGCUGCCUCCAAGCGGCCGACGGCCACGCCCAGCAAGGGUGUCGAAGAGGCGCGUGCCAAGUUGGCGAGCAUGACCCUCCCGGCGAUCCCGCCAUUCAAAAAGCCUCAGGACAAGCCAUCGUCCAAGCUGAGUGCCAAGGCUGCCUCGUUCAAUCCUCAGGCUGCGUCCUUUACGCCGCGCGCAAAAGCUGGCCCGCCGACGACGCCGAAGCCGUCCGUGCCAGAGCUACCAUUCUUUGGCACGCGUGAACUCAAGAAUCGCCCCGGGUCGACGUCUAUGCGUAUCAUGGACGAGUUUCGCGCUUCGAAGACCAAGAAGCUGGGCGAAGCGUCCAAGGUCUCCGUGUGGUGGUCGUACACAGGCCGCCCGUUCCGGCAGCUCAUGGCGCUCAGCAACAUGUUCCCCAGCAAGGCGCCGAUGCCCACGUCGAUGCCGCUGUACGAGGGCGCUAUGCCCAUGGCCCAGCCCCCGGUCAUGUUCCCGGUCGCCGCUGCGGCCGUACCGUAUGCGCCUUCGCCGGGCCUAUCGCCCGUGAUGCAGCAUGUGUCGUCGCCCACCGUCCCUCACGGCUCGUCGCCUAGCAUGUUGCCUCGGCCGCCCAACACAGCAGGUGGUACGAAGGCGCCGCAGGCAGCGCCUGUGAUGAUGCCACCUCCCGUGCCUCAGGGUCAAGGCAGUCCGCAGCCGUAUGCGUUUGUGUAUCCCAUGGGGCAGUAUGGCCUGCCCUAUGCACCGGCUGAGGCGCAGGGCGCCCCGUUCAUGUACCGUCCGUCGCCUGCUGAUGCAGUGCCGGCGGGCAGCGGCAUGCUACCGCCCAUGUCGUAUGGGCCCUAUCACCAGCCCGUCCCAUCGAGCCCACACAAGCGCGGUGGCUCGGUGCAUGCGCGUGGAAACAACAAGGGCGCACGCAAACCGCCGCGAAGCGACGAUGCGGCGCCCAAGGAGGGUUCCUAG